AUGUCAGAGCUAUGUUCAUGUAGUGCCGACCGUGGACGUUCUUCUUUUCUUUCUGACCGUCUAAGAAGUGCUUUGGCUUCUGCUGAAAACCACUGUUUCAAUCUCUCUGGCCUUUGCAGAAGAGACACCUGCAAGAUACAGGAUAUAAUUGGUGCCUACCGAAGACGGUGGAAAUGCUGUCGCCAGUGGUGGAUUCUUCUGCCAACUCCAACGUCCAUUAUCUAUUCAGAUUAUCAACCACCCAUUAAGCAUAAAUUGAAAUGA